GCGGCCGGAAGCGGCCCCCGCGGUCGGGUGCGCGCGGGGCGGUUGCGCCACGCGCUCGGCUUUCGUAACAGCGCCCCGGGCCGGCGGGGGCCGCUCCUCCAGUGUCACAGGCGCCGGGACGGUCGGCGGCUCCGCGUCGUGAGCCCGCGGGAGCUGCCACCCAGCAGGGGCCGAGGGGGCACGGGGACUCGCCGGGCGCCGUGCGCGGGCCCCCGGGGACCACGGCGCUGCCCUCGGGGCCGGAGCCCGCUCGCUGCCCGCCCCGCCGCCCCGGGCCCGGGGCCUCGGCCGUGGAGGAAGCAUGCUGGCCCUGCGCUGCGCGCUGCUGACAGCCCUGCUGGCCGCGCCGGGGGCCGUCGUGGUCCCCGGGGGCUGCCCCGCGCCGGAGGUGGCGAGCGGUGCGAUGACCAGCCUGCCUGGGGCCAGCGUGACCCUCACCUGCCCGGGCGGGGAGCCGGGAGACGACGCCACCGUUCACUGGCAGCUGGGGCAUCCUGUGGCCGGCUCCCCGCAGGGCAGCUGGGCUGCUGUGGGAAGAAGGCUGCUUCUGAGGUCCGUGCAGCUCAGCGACUCUGGAAACUAUUCCUGUUACCAGGACGGCCGCCUGGCCGGAACUGUGCAUUUGCUGGUGGACGUGCCCCCCGAGGAGCCCCAGCUCACCUGCUUUCGGAAGAGUCCGCUCAGCAAGGUAGCCUGUGAGUGGGCUCCCCAGAACCCACCCUCCCCGACCACCAGGGCCACGUUACUGGUGAGGAAGUUUCAGAGCCGCCCGCUGGGAGACCUCCAGGAGCCGUGCCCCUACUCCCAGGGGCCCCGCAAGUUCUCCUGCCAGCUGGAGGUCCCGGAGGGGGACAACUCCUUGUACAUGGUGUCCCUGUGCGUCAGCAGCAGUGCUGGGACCAAGUCCAGCAGGGUCCUCACAUUUGAGGGCUAUGAAAUCCUGCAGCCCGACCCGCCGGCCAACGUCACCGUCACGGCUGUGGAUGGAAAUCCCCGCUGGCUCCGUGUCACCUGGAGAGACCCCCCCUCCUGGAACUCCUAUUUCUACAGGCUGCAGUUUGAGCUCCGGUACCGGGCUGAGCGCUCGAAGACCUUUACCACGUGGAUGGUCCAGGAGCCCCGGCACCAGUGCACCAUCCAUGACGCCUGGAAGGGCCUGCGGCACGUGGUGCAGCUCCGGGCUCGGGAGGAGUUUGGGCACGGCUCCUGGAGCGCUUGGAGCCCUGAAGCCAGCGGCACCCCUUGGACAGAACCCAGGAGCCCUCCAGCUGAGAGUGAGGCGUCCUCCUCCACACAGGCACUGACCACCAGCGAGGACAGUGGAAGUAAUCUCUCUGAAAAUUCUGCAAAUGCAACCAGCCUCCCAGUGCAAGACUCGCCUUCAGGGCCGCUGCCCACCUUCCUGGUGGCCGGAGGAAGCCUGGCCUUCGGGACGCUCCUGUGCGUCGGCGUCGUGCUGAGAUGCACUGGGGACCAGGCCAGUUAUUUCAAGUGUGUAAACCUCACCCCUCCCCAAAGCCCACAUGUCAAGAAAGGUGCAUAAACUUGGGGAAACUGGGUAUUUGGAAGAGUUGCGGUGCCGCUGGGAUGGCCCCGUUACAACUGGCGGAAGGCGACAGGCCGGCUGACCACAACCCGCCCACCCCUGGGGCCGUGUUUUUCUGUGCAACGUGUUUAUUUUGCAUCUCAAAGCAUAGCUUCUCCUAAAUGUUUUCUCAGCAUUAUCAGUGACAAUUAGAACACUUGCAGAUGUGCCACUGAAAACAGGUGUGGCGUCUUUGGGAGCAGGGGUUCUAAGUCGUGGCUGCUUAAAUCCUUGUGACCCAAUUGUGUGUCUUGGUCCAGUAGUCGAAGCCACUACUGAAAACAUAGGGCGCUCUGGUGGCCGGCAACGGGAGUGGCUGUGUCUGCGAGUGCUCCCCGAGUCACUUCUCAUGAGGGCUCAG